AAUGAGGCGCAGGGGGUGCGGUUUCGGUGCUGCCACGUGAGGCGGCGGCCCCGCACCUGCGCAGUGUGGUCACGUGCCCCCGGCGGCUGUGCGGGGGCGGUGCGCGGAGGUCACCGGAGCCAUGGUGGUGCCGGGAGGAGGUGCAAAGGAGGAGUCGUUCAAUAUGCUGGACCUCACAGAGUACACGAAGAGUCGGCCUUGGUGGCGCAAGAUCUUCGCCCCUAACUCGGGAUCCAGCGCUGAGAAGUACAACGUGGCCACACAGCUGGUGAUCGGAGGGGUCACGGGAUGGUGUACUGGAUUCAUUUUCCAGAAAGUUGGAAAGCUGGCAGCAACAGCAGUGGGAGGUGGCUUUUUCCUACUUCAGAUUGCAAACCACACAGGAUACAUCAAAGUGGACUGGAAGCUAGUAGAACGUGACAUGAACAAAGCCAAGCAGCAGCUGAAAUUGCACAGCAGUGGUAACAAAGUGUGUCCAGAAGUGAAAAGCAGAGUGGAUGAGGUGAUCAUAUUUCUGAAGAAGAAUAUUAUCCUGACUGGAGGGUUUGCUGGAGGAUUCCUGCUCGGAAUGGCAUCCUAGAAACGGUGCUUCACUCUUACUUCAUGCCCAGCCUCCCUUGCCCUAUUCUACUGCUUUUCACUUAGAAAUUAAAGGAUGUUGCCAGCAGGUUCAGGUCCCUUCAGCUCACAGAUCCCAGUCCUUAUUUUUUUACAGCACUCCUGAUUUCCAACAUUUUCCUCUUGAUGGUGCUGGAGUCAGUCUGAAAGCUUGUAACCCAGUGUAUCAUUGCAAUUCCUUUCCCUACCAAAUAUGCCCAGUCACAGAUUUUCUGGUGAGCUGCAGCCUCACAAACAGAAAAAUCUCUUAAAUGUGUUUCUUCCCAGGUUACCAAGUACAUUUGUCUGCCAGUGUGUGUGCACAACAGCUUUUUAGAACUAUUUAGCUUGCACUUUUUCUGCACCAACAUCUAGAAAUCCUGUGCUUCCCUCUGCACUGAAAUGGUGUGUGCAAUUCAAAAUGUUCUUGGCUAAGCUGGGUGAAGAAGUGUCAAGGGACAGUCUGGGCUGUGUCCUGGGUGGGUGGAUAAGGAGAAAGUUCAUGCAUUGUGUGGUACUGGGGAUUCUCCUGCUCUUCCCAAACCGUUGCACUUCAGGUGAAUGGACCUUUGCCUUCUCCUCUGAUAUAAUUUGUACCACUUACUGGAAUUGCAGCACCGGUUCUGCUGAUGGAAACUGAGCAUCGUAGGUGACUCACCAGGCUCUUUGCUCAUCGUGUGUUCUGAAAGUCGCCAAACUCCCAGCACAGCCGAGCACCUUUCUCUUCCUGAGUGCUCAGCCUUUGAAAGGUGCUGAGGCGCACUCUGGUGGUGAACGGGCUCCCAGCAUGCUUGCUCUGUCUGUCAGGUGCUGGCACAGGCAGGAUGUAUUUCAGCUCUGCUACUUACUGUAAAUCACUUGGGCCUCAGACUGUUGUUUCUAGAUCUACCAUGACCAUGUCUGGUAUCGUUGGAGUUGGUGAUGCUUUUAAGUUGUAACUACACAGGAGAGGACUGUAGGCAGGAAAUGCAUCUCUGCUUAAGGUACAUUGUACUGGUCUGGGGUCCCUGUUGCCACUCUACUGGAGUGGUGAUGAGGGAGGAUGUGGAACCUGGAAUACAGUCCUCAAUAUGCCUGUGCAGAGCACAGACUCCAUUUCCGUUGUCUCUGCAAGUAAAUUAAAUGAAAAAAACUUGGGAAAAAACAGGGAAUGGCUCAUUUCUGUACCUCCUGCCUUCGUUAUGUUCCUUCCUUCUUUGUGUUUUCUCAUUUCCACAAAAAAGAAAAGCUACUUGCUUAAUUCCAUCAGCUGCAGCCCUUCUGCAGGUGAUGAGGCAGUCCAGAUGCAGAGCUCAGCUCAGCUGUUUUUAACAGUGUCACAGUGCAGCUGUGUACAGAGCAGAACUGUAGCCUACAAGAGAAAAUCAUUAAAAAUCCAUAAUCCCUUGGAAGUGCACUGGCUGUGCCAGGCUGGCAUUAUAGCUUUCUGGAAUACGAGGACAUGGAUGAUGGAUGGGUGAUUACCUCCAUGUAAGGGGGAAAGGGAGUAAGGAGUUCUUAGAAAUUAUGUUUUUUUAAUGUGAAAGUCAGCCCAUCCUUCUCUGGGAAAUGUUAGAGAAUAAUGGUGUGCAUGGAUGGUGCAGCAUCUCACUCAUCAGCUGUGCUGCAUCUCCAGUGCUGUGUAAUGUCCUGAUCAUCCACUGCUGUUCUCAGAGUGAUUAGGAAUGGAGAUCUCUCCUUGUGAACUGCUUAAAAAGCUGGAACAGGAGUUGUUAACAACUUGAAGUUGUCAGCUUUGUUGAUUGGUGUUUGGGAGUGAGUGACAGAAGGUGGUGGUGGCUUUGGAAUUUUGUGGUAGGAAUUCUGCCAGGCUGGUAGUGCCUCAGUUUUUGUAUUGCAGGGUAUCUUGUUCCGUAGUAAAAUGGUGCUCCUGCCCCUCUGCCUGGUUUUGCAUUUGGGAUGCACUGUUCUUCACAGAGCUUUCUCCAACAGCAAAGCUCAAAGUAAAUCAUUAGCAGGCCUUAGGGAUGUUUUCCAGGCUCAAAUAAAUCACUAUUUCUGCCCAGCUCCAGCACAGGCUGUAGUCAUUUCUGCUCCUCGAGGUCCCGAGUUGCUGCUAUGGAGAGAAAUGUCCGCGAGAGGGAGCUAAAAUGUCUGUUACUGCUCAGAGGGGAAUCAAGUGACAAAUUCACGUUUAGUUUGGUGUGGAUGCAGGCAGAGAAUGGACAAGAAUCUUGGGAUCUGGCUAAUCUUUCUGCUGUGCUAGUGUGUGGCUUAUGGUUUGCACCACUGGAUGCUGUGGACGUGCUUUUUCAAUGUUGCAGGUGCCAAGAUGAGCUGUUCCCUCUGUCCCUCCUCCUUCUGAUCUUGUUUCAACAACCUCUGGUGUCUGUUUCAGUACAAGAAGGUUUAAAACACACUAGGCUUUUAAAGGGUUUUUAUAUAUUGUAUGUAAAUGCUUGUUGAAGUGAUAUUUUAUUAAACAGUUUUGCUCUAAUA